AUGCAACCAAGACCAUUUGAGCAAGUCAACCCCUUUCUCCGUGAUGACGGCGUCAUUGCAUCCAUCCUAGGCACCUCUAGAUCCGGCAGCAUCGGAGCAGACGACAAGACCAUGCAAGAGACUCGCUGCUUUCGGUCACUUGCUGCAACUGAGCCGCAACUCACUUUGCAAGAAUUGCUAUUACAAGCACCACCACGACCAGCUCAGCGUUUCUCAUCAGCAUCGUCUGUCUAUUCAACAGACUGGUCGUCCGACUCGUCUUUCGGUGAUGAGACGACCGCGUUUACUUCGACGCUGCAAUACCUCAAACCACAGCCGCCAACGCCGCAAAAGCCAUCGGGCAAACUGCACAAACUAGUAGUAUGCCGCAACUUCUUGCAAUUGCAAAAGAAGCGCAUCGCGCAGCACCGUACCGUGCAGUCAUUGCUCGUCAAGCUAUCUGGUCGAGAUUGCAGGAACGAUGCGCAUUGGUGUGAUGAGGAGAGUGGGUGGGAUACACAGACUGCAACAGAACCAGUGUUGCUUGUUGAGAAGCAGGACGGGCGCGGUCGUUCGAGGCAGCGUAGCCAGCGAUACGGAUACUUUUGA